AUGCGAAACACUUUUGAAGAGGAAGAAUGCAUGAGAUUGGAUAUGAUUGAUAGAAUCGUGGAAGAACUUUUCCCGGUUUCCAAAGUCACAUUCCAUUCCGAUGAGACACAUGAGACCACCGGAGAAGAAUAUUCCAAGGAAGAUGAGUCGAAAGCCGAGAAUUUAUUUAGAAGAGAAAGUGUCACACCGCCUUCUUCUAUUACUCCACCACAAGUUGAGCUAAAAACGUUACCAUCUCACUUACGGUAUGCGUUUCUAGGCGACAACAUGACACUUCCCAUCAUCAUCUCAAACAACUUGUCGGAAACACAAGAAGCAAGAGUUGUUAAAGUGGUGAAGCAACAUAUAUUGGCGAUUGGUUGGCAAAUUUCGGACAUUCGAGGAAUUAGCCCAUCGGUGGUAAUGCACAAAAUCCAUCUUAAAAGUGAGUCACGAGCCUCGGCUCAAAGACAACGACGCUUGAAUCCAAAUAUGAAGGGGGUCGUGCACAAAAAGAUAGUAAAUCUUAUCGACGCCGAAAUUAUAUACCCCAUAUCCGAUAGUGCAUGGGUUAGUCCCAUGCAAUGUGUUCCAAAGAAAGGGGGGAUGACGGUAAUUGAAAACGAGAAGGGUGAGCAAAUUUCCACAAGGACGGUAACGGGAUGGCGUGUUUGUAUUGAAUACGGAGAUGAGGAAGGACCAUUUUCCGUUGCCAUUUAUCGAUCAAAUGUUGGAGCGGAUAUUAUGGAGGUCUUCAUGGAUGAUUUUUCGGUAUUCGGGGACUCCUUCGAGAUGUGCUUGAAUAAUCUCGAGCGAUGCCAUUUCAUGGUAGAAGAAGAAAUUGUCUUGGGACAUAAAAUCUCCAAAGACGACAUUGAAGUGGAUAGAGCGAAAACGGAGAUCAUCGAAAAAUUACCACCACCAACUACCGUCAAGGGAGUUAAAGGAAGCGCUUAUCUCGGACCCAAUUAUUUCAUGACCCGAUUGGACUAUUCCUUUCGAACUUAUGUGUGA